ACGCAGAGGAGCAACAAUCAAAGCUGCUCGAACAAGUUAGAGAAGAUUAAAAUCGGGAUAUCUGCCGGCAGAUCCGCCAGGAACCGCAGCGGACUGCGGAAAUCACAGGAUUAAGUUCAUCUUGGACUCAGCAGCCGAAAAGUUUGGACGUGUUUUCUGCGGACACCAGGAAUAGACAAGACGGUCAUCAUGGAAGCAUUUCCUGAGGAAAGAAUUAGAGAUUUUCUCAUUUGAACUUCAAGUUUAUGCUCGAAUGGGAAAGUUGUGAGACACAUUUAGUCGUCGGAGCCGUGAAGUUUUCCAGAUGUCUGCUUCUUGAAACACUUUCACACCCCAAAGAAAACUUUUCUCAAUUCCUCAUUGCCUACGGAUUUUUAUUACAGCUGAGAUUUUAGUUUUGUUUUCAUGCUGGAUGUCACUAACUGUCUCGGUUUCCGGACGUGGACGGACCCCACGGAGACCAAACUAAUCAGCUGUUUCAGUCAAUAGUCAGACUUUGUAAUGAACAUGUUAUUCAGGUGAAGUCUUGGGAAACUCACAAGAGAAGCCCAAUGAGUGGGACACAGUCAACACUCACUGACAGGACCCCGAACAUACUCAACAAGGACCCCACCGACAGAAAACCAAAGAAUGAGAAGUCCUCCGUCUCCCUAAAACACGAGUUUGAUCCAACGGGUCUGGUCCAGCGCUGCGUCAUAAUCCAGAGAGAUGAAAAUGGCUUCGGGCUGACAGUAAGUGGAGACAACCCGGUGUUUGUGCAGCUGGUCAAGGAAGAUGGAGCGGCGAUGCGAGCCGGCGUCCAAACAGGAGACCGGAUCAUCAAGGUUAACGGGACCUUAGUGACGCAUUCAAACCACAUAGAGGUCGUGAAGCUGAUCAAAUCGGGCUCCUACGUAGCCCUGACGGUGCUGGGGAGGCCUCCAGGGCUCACUCACAUCUCCCUGGAAGAGGAGAAGGGAGGGCAGGAAGACGGGGGAGAGGCCAGCACUCUCUGCUCUCUUUCAGCACCCCACUCGCCCGAGCUGUCUGGAGGGACGUCCUGCAGCCCCCAGGACCACGCCACGCCCUCAGCGCCUGAUGCGGACGGAGCCUCGGGGCCCAGGAAUGGUGUUGAUGAGGAGGUUGACGGUGCGCCGCCCCUGAGGGAGCAGUCCUCGCCCUCACAGUGCGACGGUGGGCCCUCCGUCAGCAACAAUGCAAUGAACAGCAACCUCUGUACUGAGACUUCCGGAAAAAGAAAGACGCCCUGUCAGAGUCCGGACUUCACCCGCAGAGAUGGCCUCAAUUUCUGCUCGUCGCCUGAUACUGAAGACACUCCUGACUCUGACUCCAGUGCCCAGUGUGCUGCGGGCAGCCCUCCCUACCUCCUGCACCCUCAGAUCAUCGGGGCGGAGGACGACUACUUCGACUCUCAGCAAGAGCAGAUCAGUGGACAGUGCAGCUGCUUCCAGAGCAUCGACUCUCUAAAGCCUCGGCCGGCUCAUCUCGCAGUCUUCCUCCAUCAUGUGGUCUCCCAGUUUGACCCGGCUCCUUUGCUGUGUUAUCUUUACGCCGACAUGCACAAGCAAACCAGCUCAAAGGAAAGUCGUCGUUUCUUCAUGGAGUUCCACUCACUCUUUUUAGAUCGAACAGCAAAUCUGAAAGUACCGGUGCCUGAAGCCGUUGCAGCUGAACUGGAGAAGCGAAGGCUUGAGCUAAUCCCGGAGGAUCUGUGUAAGCAGUACAUUCAGCUGCUACAGGAAGCACUUUUAUCGGACCUGCACAUGAACCUGGAGGACUUCAGACAAAAGCGCAGCAUGGGUCUGACCCUGGCCGAAGAUGAGCUGUCCAAGCUGGACUCGGAGGGAGGAAAGGACCAGCAGGCACUGGAGAAGGAAUGCUCCUGUGCUGAACAUAUCCUCUCCAAGAUUGAGGAUAUCCUGUUGACAUCACAACCCACAGAAGAGGAGAAGUGUCAAACCAUGCAGUAUGUGAUUCUCACCUACAUGAAGCACCUCGGCGUGAAGGUGAAGGAGCCUCGUGGGCUUGAACACAAACGUGCACGCAUCAAUUUCCUGCCCAAGAUUAAGGUGAAAAGCAGCAAAACAGAGAAGGAAGGUGAGGAAAAGGUGAAAAAGAAUCUGUUUAACAUCCUCGGCCCUCCUCGGCGGGUGAGCAGAGUGGACUCCACUUCAGUCAGCAAAGCCGUGGAGCUGAACAAACAGCGGUCUCCGAAGCUCUCGCAGCCCGCCGCCGGCAUCCCCGAGGCGCCCGACUCCUCCAGCACGGGCUUCGGGCGGAGCCGAGCGAACCAGCUCAGCGAGGGGUCGGACACCAGCGCCCAGUCCGUGUGCUCCGUGGGCUCCCUGGCUCACAGCCCCCCCACCACCCAGACCCCCGACGCCAGCGGACCAGAGUCCGACCCCAAUGUCUCUCCGUUCUGCGUCCAGCCCAGACCGGGCGACGGCCUGCUGUCCGGGGACCAGGACGGACUCUCCGGUCUGUCCGGGACUCAGUUCGACUUCAGCCCGUCCAACUUGGAGCAGCAGGACGGGGACCAGGACGCUUUCAGUCAUCUCCUAAAGCAGGGCUCCUCCCUGUCUCCAACCAGCGGUCGGAUGGAGGUGCAGUGUGGGAUGAGUCCUGCCGACGUCCAGAGCGAAGACGACCAGGGGGGUGAGGCAGAGAGCGAGGAAGACCCCCUGAACUGGCAGAGACUGGUCAGUCGGGGCGUCCUGGCCAGCUUAACGCUGAAGGAGAUCAAACGACAAGAGGUCAUCAACGAGCUGUUCUACACUGAGCGCGCUCACCUGCGCACGCUGAAGGUGCUGGACUGCGUUUUCUGCCAGCGGCUGUGCAGAGACAGCGUCCUCCCACCAGAGGACGUCAAACACAUCUUCAUCAACCUGGAGGAGAUCCUUCAGCUGCACGUUUCUGUCACCGAACAAAUGACAUCGAUCAGGAAGAGGAGCGAGACGUCAGUGAUCGGCCAGAUUGGAGAUGAUCUUCUGUCGUGGUUCAGCGGCGAAGAGGAGGAGAAGAUAAAGAGAGCCGUGGGAACUUUCUGCAGCAACCAGCCGUCUGCGCUGGAGCUCAUCAAGACCCGGCAGAAGAAAGACCAGAGGUUCAACUUGUUCAUGCAGGAGGCCGAGAGCAACCGUUUGUGUCGCAGGCUACAGCUCAAAGACAUCAUUCCCGUAGAGAUGCAGAGAGUGACCAAGUACCCACUCCUGCUGGACAACAUCGCCAAGUACACAGAAAAUGGGGAGGAAAGGGAGAAGGUGAAGAGAGCUGGAGAGUGCUGCAAAAAGAUCCUCAACCAUGUCAACCAGGCCGUGAGAGAGGCUGAAAACAAACAGAGGCUUGAAGAGUACCAGCGAAGGCUGGACGUGUCGUCUCUGAAGCAGAGCGAAAACCCCGUCAUCCUGGAGCUGAGGAAUCUGGAUCUGACCAAGAAAAGGAUGGUGCACGAGGGGCCUCUGUCAUGGAAAGUCAAUAAAGACAAGACAAUUGAGCUGUACACACUCCUCCUGGAGGACAUCCUGGUCUUACUGCAGAAGCAGGACGAGCGUCUAGUCCUCAAGUUUCAUGGCAAGAAUCCGGCCAGCGUUGCUGACACCAAGCACAUCUUCAGCCCCAUCAUCAAACUCAACACUGUGCUGGUCCGGCCCGUGGCCACCGACAACAAGGCUUUCUUCGUUCUGUCCAUGUCGGAAAACGGGGCUCAGAUCUAUGAAUUGACGGCCCAGACGGUAUCGGACCAGCGGAUGUGGCAGUGUCUGAUCACGCAGUGCGCCGACGCCAUGAAGGCCAAGUCUCACCACAGCCACGCCCAUCCGACCCAGACCGAAGCUGAGCGGGAUGCGAUUGAGAUCAUCGCCAGCGAGAUGCCCAAACCGAGCACAGAGCCCAACAGGGCAUCAGUCGGAAGUGUCCAUUCUUCAGAUAAAGAUGCUAUCUCUUCUCCCGGGAUUCAAACACCCAGCAACCCCUUUGAUGGCUUAAAAUCAGAAGAUGAGGAGGAGGAGCUGCCUGUUGUGGACAAGCAGGAGGAUGAGGAUGAAGAAGAGGAAGGAGUGAAUGAAGCAGAGCUAGAGGCCUUCUUGAACGGGCAGCUGGCAGACAGACUGCUGCAGGAAAGGUCUCGUCAGGGCAUAGCCAUUGAAAACGAGGACCAGGCUUUGUUCUGCUUCCCCGCCUCCAAAGCUGAAGAAGCUCUGCAGACAUUGGCGAUGCUGAAACAGGCUCUUUUCACGCACAUGAUGAGCAGAGAUGUGGAGGAGGACAAACAGCUCGGGGCUCCGGAGGAUCAGGGCCGUGGCUCGCUGUCCGGGAGCCCCGAGGGGCCGUCUGCUGCAUGUGAAGAGAGCAAGGACUCUGAAAGUUCGGAAAAAGGCGACGCACAGCGCUUGUCUGUGUCCACUGGGCCGUCUGAGACAACUGAACGUAAUGGUGGUUUCCUGGUCCUGAAUUUCGAAGGUUCGGCCGGGGAGAGCAGCGCUGACGAUGACGUAGGAGCUGACGUCGGGAUCGACAUGAGCAAGCUGCUAUCCUCUUCCUCACAGGCAGGAGGCGGCGGGCCCAACCUCAGCAGGCAGCUGAUGACCCACCUGCGCCUCCUGCAGGCCGACUUGCAGUACCUGAAGGAAGUGGAGACGAAGUACAACGAACUGCGGCAGUUGCACGGGGACGCAGCUCCCGGCUCAGACACGACAGCGGUGGGAUCCAGGGAUGACAGAACUCCUCCCCUUUCGGUCCAGUGAGACACGGUUCAUGUAGCUGCACGAUCAGCUGGAGCCAUCGUCGACCUCCUAAUGCGGCUGAUGCCCCGUAGCGAGACCCAGUGACCUCCCGCUGGGGGCACAUGCCAGCGCGCUCGUCGUAAUCUGGAUUGUUUCAUCAUAAACUCCAUACCAGUAGGAGCAAAGAGGAAUAUCAUGGGACUGUAACCAUGGAUAGUUUUGUUAUAAUAAUAUUAAUCAACUGUAAACGUUUUCUGAAACACUGGAUUUAUGAAAUGGAAAAGGGAGAAUUUGAGCGAAGAGACUCGUUUGUGACUCCAACAAAAUGAAGCAAACAAAUCCCCAAAUUUGUCCUUCAACACUGAGUGAUAGUAGCAAGAGGCAGCAAGCAUCCGACAGCAUUCCUAUGUCCCUGCUCAAAGUAACAUGUUGUACUUUGUCAAUAGAAACUGGAUUAAAGAUAAAAGCCAGACCUCUGAUAAUGUCCCCUAAAAGCCAGCCCCAAAUAUUGUUUUUGUCAAAAUGAUUUCGCACCAGAGCCGUUUCAUUAAUUUAUUUUAACCAUGCUGGAUCAGUCAAGCCUGCUGUUGCGUAUGGUAAUAAUGCUUUCAAAAUAAAAGCCCUGUUAAGAACAUUUUGGAAAUUCUGAAAGGGUUUAAAUUUGAUUCUACAGGAAGUGUGAGGUAGAAGCUUUUUCAAGCUCCUAUAAAACCCUCCACCCUGACUCACACUGGGCUCUCUGUCUGAAAGCUACUGCAGAACCUAAUCAUUUUGGAUGAAGUAAAUGCAAAUUAAGGAAACAGGUGGAGAAAAAAGAGCUGGAGGUAGCAUCACACAUCCGUCAGAAAUGUCAGGAUUCCUACAAGAAUAAAUGGAUUUGCCCACGUAACAGCACGGGGCAGGAAGUGUUUGUUGGCACCGCCCCAGUUUGUCAUUCACAUGAAUAACAAUAAGGACCAACUUCACUAGAAUCGAUUGAAUUUACAUAACUGAUAAAACAUUGUGUUAGAAAUUAUGUUUAUGUGUUUUUGUCACACAAUCUAGGAUGUCUACUGGGUUUUAGGUUUAGUUCACUUCCUGUUUUAUUUUGAAAAUCUGUUUCUGUUAAGUUGGUGUUUGACUUCCCUUGUUUGCACCUGUGUCUCAUCAGCCCCCCCAGCCCCCGCAGAGCUAUAUUUCAUUUAUUGAUUCAUUCCAAACCAUUGUAUGACAAAAUUAACACCAGUAUUAAUCUAUGUAUCUACAGUUUAAAUACACACACAUGUGCACACACACAUUUUGAACAUAUAAAACCCCUUUGUAAAUAAAUUUAUAUAAAUAAAUGAAUCUGUUUUCAAUGAAUGUACACAAAAUAAAUGAAUCUAUACCCAAUGUGCACAUCUAUCUAUCUAUCUAUCUAUCUAUCUAUCUAUCUAUCUAUACAUGCACACGCAUGACAACAUUGCACGUAAAUCCUGUUUAACAUGUCUGAAAAGGGGUAGGAAGAAGUAAAACUUAUUUAAUCCUACCCCUUCUCCAGUAGUCCAUGAAUACACUUUACAGUUUUAUGAGUUUUAAAUUAAUAUCCAGAUAGACUUUCACAUCCAACUACACACUGAUACUCACUUAUACACACAUUCACAUUCACAGACUGAGGCAGUAGGAGUUCAAAAUAAAAGUAAUUUAACAAAAUAAAAAACGGAUGAGACACAGGUGCAAACAAUCAGACAAUAACGGGCAAGUGAAGUGAACACAAAAGGAAACAGAUUUUCAAAAUAAAACAGAACUAACCCUUAAACACGACAGAAACCCGAGAUCAUAACAGUUUUUGGUAUAAUUUCAUUUUUAUGAACAAUCCCAUGUCAGAAUGUUUUUCUAAAAACUGCUCCUUUUUCCACAAAAAUUAUAAACCACUUGUCUUUUGCAACGACCCUCGAGUAUUUGAAGCUGGACUGGUUUUUUUUUUUUUUAAUCUAGGACCGUCCUACAGAUUCUUUGAGGAUUUCAUGGCGUGGAUUCUGGUUAUGUCUCGGCUCCUGUAGGUUCCUGUCAACCACUUCGUAACCACUCUGGCUGAAUAUUCCAGCGCAUUCUCUUCGCAAACUACCUAAACAAAGCAUCUAUAGUCCAAGACCCAUCCAAGGAUCAUGUUCAAAGCAAGUCUGAGGGUCCCGUCUUUGUCAGGGACGGCACACUCAAGAAAAUCAAAGAUGAUGUCCAUCAGUGGUCAGAUGUGGUGAGAAGAAUUUGGGAGGAACAUGACUUUUGUUUGGUCCAAGGAGUAGAAAACCUUCAACAAGAACAUUAUCCCAGUAAUCAUUGUAAGAAACUUAUUUCAACUAAACAUCUUUAAGAUGAAGAAUUAUUUGCUGUGGCAAAAACAUAAUUUCUCUGUUUUUGUUGUUGUUAGUCUCUUAACAAAGCUAAUAGUCGAAAGUGCAUUUGUAACAGAGAUUUUCCUAAAUCAUAGAAAAAACACACUUUUUCAAUCUAGAAAUGGCAAAACUGGCAUUGAUCCUCUGACCAGGCCUCUUAAGAACUGUCUCAUGGAUUUAGAUUUUUUUCUUUUGUAACAAAUCAAAAUAAGUGAAAAAGUCUGAAAACAGAGAAUGAUGUGACACCUUAAACUUGGUCUGCAGGCUUGGCAUCCCAUUCUGAGAAAUCGCUGUUCUCCCGUUUCUGACCACUAGUGGCCGCUGUAACUUUGCAAAUAUUUUUUAUAUCCUAUGCAUACUUCACAGUUAUCGUUAGUACAUAGUAUGCCAAGGGGACGUAAUUAAAAUUGUGCUACAGUAUUUGUGACCAGUUUCCAGUUUUUUGUGCCUCGCACAGCACAGCGAGGUAGAAAAACGAUUUACAGAUGUGGAACGAAGUGGCUGUGAGAAUGGGGCUGUGAAAUAUCGUAAACUUGACUGAGUAUGCAGCUGGAGCACUACCCGCUGCAUGAACUUGUGUUACAGAUUGAUUAGAUAUUAAAUAUUCCAUCUGUGACAACUUUAGUGUGGUUUUAAAGCAUCUUUAAUCAUCAUGCUGCACAUUUCUCCUGACACAAUGUUGGUCUUCAGCGUGCGCCCUUAUUUUCAUGGUGCCUCCUGCCAGACUGCAGCAAUCACACCGUGGCGUUGAUUGUGACAACUGAAGGAUAUCUUCAGACAAGAGACAGAAAUGCUGUGUUUAAAGUAAAGACGUGAUGCACAAGGACUGCAAAUAUUGCAAGUUUUAUUUCUGUUUUACUCACCAUUUCCUUUUCCUCUCCCUUUUUUACACCAUCAUGUAAUGUUUCAACACAAACUACUUAAAGAGGAUAAAGUAUACAGCUGCAUAAA